AUGCCACCAAAGUCCCAGACAACCUCGGCUAAGCGCAGGAAAUCGAACACGAGGAAGAGCACUACUACCAAAGAGGGCAGCACCAAAGGGCCACAAUUGCCAUUGAUAACACUUGCUGCAAGUGUUUUGCCGACUGCAGCGCCUCUGGGUAAUAGCGGGCCUUCUGACAUGGGUCCUUUGGGCGGGAAAAGCAGAGAUUAUGCCACGAAGCGCAAUGGAAAGGUGCCCAAACCCCCACACCAACCUUCGCCGCCGAAAGAUGGCCACAACAAGCAUGGAAAUAAUAGCAAGGGGAGUGUGAUCGUCGAGAUAAGAAGCUGCACAUCGGUGACAACUGAUUCAUCCUCGGAUUUCGAAGAUUAUGGCAAAGGGCCCCCUCGUACUUCCAAAGUUAGCAUCCUAGAGCAUCGGGAACAGUCCAACAGAGAAGCAAAUAAAGGUAAAUCAGUUCAUGUGGAGCCUGAGCUAUCUUCAAGUUCCGACAUCGAUCUCAAAGGACCGUCUCGCACGAUCGAAUCAAAGGUCACCAUCCUGGAGUCAAGGGCGCUUCCAAAGGGACAAAGCAACCAAACCGAGGCGGUUCAUGAAAAGAGUCGUCGUAAACACCGUGGUAGAGCAGAGAGUGUUGGCAACAAGCUGAUGAUUGCGCUCCAUGGAGCAGAGCCUUCUCAGGAUGAACCAGUCAAUGAUCCAACCGCACCUGUCAUCAUCUCAUCUGAUCCAGUGCAACCAGAGGAAUUCCCCCCAAAGCAGCAGUCCGAUAAAAUGCCGCCCGAAACAAGGUUUCCACUCCCAGCGAUUGAAAGCGUACCGGACAGAACAAUUCCAGUUGGAAUGCACCAAAACCAAACCGAGCCUAAGACUGUCAAUCCAGCCUUGAUUACAAAAAUCCUUCCGCCCAAAGAAGGGCAGAUGCAACAGGUAGAUGACGCAGACUUCUGGAAGCUGCUGGGAGAUGACAGGUUGUCAACUACAGCGAGCUCUUCAGAAUUUGAAUCCGGCAGAGGCUUGAUAGGGGCCGGCCCUUCAAUCCUUGAUUACCACAUGGAAAUGGAACAUAUCCCCGGAUUUGCAACCUUGCAACCCAUGAGAUCCGAACCAACCAGCUCUUCAUACACCACAAACCUCUGCGAAAGCCAGGCGGAUAGCUCGUCGGAGCCGUUAAAUGGAGGAAAAUCUGACGAUCUCACAGCAGGACAAAUCGAGGGACAUGGGUCUAGCCAUACCCCGGAGUCUCAAAAGCCCCUUCUUACUAAUGAAUCCCCAAUGGAACUGCAUUCUUUGUCUCCCGAGCCCCCAAAAUCAGUUCUAAAGACCAGCAUUGUCGACAGCAACGGUAGUCCUCGACUCAUGCCUCAGUCAGCCAAUAGCAUGGUUGUGCCUCAGCUUGGCCUAGAUGGCGAAAAGGGCCAUGAAGAGACAACCAGUAUCACCGAAACUAGCCUAAGUGAAUACGAUCGAGACUCAUGCAGUCUUUCCACAGAGAGUAAAUAUGAAGGGGUCAUGUGGACCAAGUUCCAGAGAGACAUGUUCCUGGAAUAUGGGAUCCAAACGGAGAAACUGGAGAGAUCUCACCCAUGGCCGCCGCCAAAAAAGCAUCAGCCAUCAUUUUCUCAGGAGGAUACUGCUGAUGGAGCCAAAUCCGAGAAAGCAUCGACAGUUGGACGACGUUCUUCACAGAGAACGCUCGACGAGAGAGCAUUAGGUGAUGCUUCAUCAAAGAAUCAUAGAUACCUUGAUCAAUCAUUCCGAACGGAUAUAUCAGCAUCAACACAGCCAACUGCCAUGUCGCACCAAGCAUCUACGGUGGGCGGCCAUGACGAUAUGGAAUGGAUAUCAACUUUGCAAGGGGCGCAGAAGGACGCACACCACCUGCUUCAACAAACCAAUUCGCACUUGACCACUCAGCUGGCGGCGGAAAAGGCCACCAUCAGCCGAGUCCUGGAGAUCUAUCGAGAGGGGUGUAGUCGGAUCAUUGACGACCUAUUCCAGGCGCAAGAAGCGCGAAUGCAGCUAUACCGGCAGCAAAUGCAAUCCUUUAGGGAACAACAUGCAGAUAUAUGCCAAGACCUGGUUCGUGGACUGCAGGAGCUUGAUCGUCAAGUGCAAAAAGGACCAAUCUGA